AUGGCUCAACAAGGUGAAAUCUCAGUGAACCCUAAACCGCCGGCAAGAGUUCCACAUGCAGAGGAAGAUCCAACCCGAUCAUCCACAUUGAAGCGACCGCGCGACGACGGAGAUGAGUCGGCGUAUGAAGGAACGUUCGGGGAUGUGCCGCCGCCGAAGCGGCGUAUGAAGGUGGCGCAGGACAUAUUGUUCAGAAUCGUGGUGCCAUCGAGGCAGAUCGGGAAGGUUAUUGGUAAAGUGGGGGCUCGUAUUCAGAAGAUUCGUGAAGAGACCAAAGCCACCAUCAAAAUUGCCGAUGCCAUCGCGCGACAUGAAGAGAGAGUGAUCAUCAUAAGUUCUAAAGACAAUGACAACAUAUUUUGUGAUGCAGAGAACGCCCUUCAUCAAAUAGCCACUUUGAUUCUAAAGGACGACAGUGGCAAUGCUGAGGCUUUGAAAGUGAGUGCUGGUCAUGUCGCUGCCAAUGCAAUAAGACUUCUGAUUGCUGGUUCCCAAGCAGGUGGUUUGAUUGGAGCGUCUGGUCAAAACAUCGAGAAACUAAGAAAUUCCUCUGGUGCCACCAUCACAGUUCUCGCUCAAAAUCAGUUGCCUUUGUGUGCAUCUGCUUAUGAAUCGGAUCGGGUAGUACAGGGUCUUUUCCACCGUACCAAGUUAAAAGCCCAACAGACACCAAAGAUCAAUAGCAAAAGGGUAUGUUCCUUCACAACCUUAAGAGCAUGA